UUCUUAGGCCUUUAUUAUUCAAAGUGAACUAUCUAGAAUCAAGGGAGAUCCUUUAAUUUUCACUUCCUGGAUAUGAUGGGAGACAUUGACACACAGCCUAACUUCUAUUGAACUUUCUUAUAAAUUUCAGCCUCUGCCCUUGACAGUAUAUUCUAACCCUUGUAGCCUCCUCUUUUGCCUCCACCUCUCGCUCAUUAGGUCCACUGGACUGUGCUUAGAUCUGAUUGGCUCAUUUCAUACUAUGUUUGCUAAAUUAUAUGGAUUUGGUUCAUCCUCAAGGUCUUGAAGAUAGGAGGUGGGAUGAUGUCUCAAUUUUAUAGAUUGAAAACACUGACCACUAUUCUAUAUACUUUGUCUUCCUUCAAUCUUCAAAUUAAUCCUACAAAGUAGGUAGUAGUACCAGGUGAUAAUUUGAAAUGGCAGGCAGCUGAGGCAGGGGGGAUGCCCAGCCAGUAAGUGGUGGAGGGGGUAGAAGUGGGAUUCCAACUUGGGUAGCCCAGCUCCACAACUCCUCUCCUACCUGUGUGCUACAGCACCUGGGCCUUAGCAUCAGAGAGGCCUGGGUUCUCAUCCUAGUUGCAUAACCAUGGAUGACUUAACCUUUCCUCAGAUUCCUCAUCUGUGACAUUGAAGAAGAUAAAAAUACCUACCUAACAGGGCUGUUGUGCUUGUUACAUCUCCUUGAUACUAUGUGAAGCAAGCUCUUACACAUGAAGCAAGUACUGGGCAUCCUGGUGUCUGCACUGCUGGCUCUGCAUGUGCACGUGGCUUUAUGACAGUGGCAAGUCAUUUAACCCCUCUGAGUUGCACUUCUUCAUCGCUAAAAUGAGGAUAAACAAUAAUUCUUACCUCACGGGUUGCUGUGAAUCCUAAAUGAGAUAAUAUGGGGGUCUGACACAUAAGUGCUUAAGUGAUUUUAAGGCAAGAGACUUCCUCCAGUUUAUCUGCUGGAGAAUGGAAGCAUCAGAAGUCCUAGGAUUAGCCAGGACCCCCAGGUCUGGGAAGGACCAGCUGAGUUGCUGAUGUCUCCAUGCUUUGCAUCCUCAGAGCAUCCACAAUGGGUACCCCAGCCUCGGUGGUCAGUGAGCCACCCCCUUGGCAGGCCCCGACUGAGGCCCGGGGCCGCAAGCAGGCCUCAGCCAACAUCUUCCAGGACACUGAGCUGCUGCAGAUCCAAGGCCUGUUUCAACGCAGCGGGGACCAGCUGGCCGAGGAACGGGCACAGAUCAUCUGGGAAUGUGCAGGGGACCACCGUGUGGCUGAGGCCCUCAAGAGGCUGCGUAGGAAGAGGCCCCCAAGGCAGAAACCCCUGGGCCACUCGCUACACCACUGCAGCCGCCUCAGAAUCCUGGAGCCCCACUCUCCACUGGCCGACCCACAGAAUGCCACGGAGACAGCCUCCAAUGAGCAAUAUCUGCACUCUAGGAGGAAAAGUGCCAGGAUCCGCCGGAACUGGAGGAAGCCAGGCCCCACAAGCUACCUCCACCAGAUCAGACACUGAUCCAGGGAAAGAGCCAGGAAUGGCAGUGUCUUCCCUCUUGCCAAAGGGCCUGGAGAGGUGAAGAAGGAAGAGAGACUUUAGGCAAGCAGCCCAAAGGGGUAAAUGAAAGCAAGAGGCCGCUGCUACUGGCCUGCUCCAUUCAGAACAAGACUGGAUGCUUCGGCUGAGUUCUCCAUUAUUUGGGACCCAUUCCUCACCAAAAUGAGGAGAGACAGUGACUGUUCCUGCCACAGUCCUUCCCAAUCUAACACUAUUCCUGGGCUGCAUGAUAUUCCCCUGAGAGCCAAGCGACAGGCACUCAGAUGCAGCAUUUCACCACUCAUGCUACUAAUCUACCUGCUACUACUGUAAACCAUGGUUCCGGCAGCCUGUUCCACACCCCGCACCAUCAGGAGAGCACAGGGAAACUGGUUUAAGUGGCAAAUAAAAACAUUUGCAUCAAGA